CCUUCUCUAAUUAUUGUGGUUCAUAGAAACGCGCACGUGUUUUUGUGUCCAAUAUUUAUAAUAUUUAAAAAUGGGAUUCGGUAAACCUCGUGGCGGCGGAGGCGGCGGUGGCGGAAGAGGAUUUCGUGGAGGCGGUGGCGGCGGAGGAGGAGGUGGUAACUUCAGAUCCAACGGCGGCGGAUUUAACAGAGGAGGAGGUCGUGGUGGUGGCCGAGGAGCCUUUGAUAAUGGACCUCCAGAGAGAGUUAUUGCUCUAGGAAGCUAUGUUUAUUCGUGCCAGAAUGACCUUGUGUGCAAAGUUGGGAUUCAGGACGUCCCAUACUUUAAUGCGCCAAUUUUCCUCGAAAACAAGGAACAAGUAGGCAAAAUUGACGAAAUCUUUGGAACAGUUCGUGAUUACAGCGUGUCCAUUAAACUGUCAGAUAAUGUCUAUGCAAACAGUUUCAAACCGAAUCAGACAUUGUAUAUUGACCCUGGAAAGCUAUUACCAAUCGCCAGAUUUCUACCCAAACCUCCACAGCCGAAAGGAGCGAAAAAAGCCUUCACAAAUAAUCGCGGUGGAGGCGGUGGCGGCGGUGGUUUUGGAAACAGAGGAGGUUCCCGCGGAGGAGGUGGUCGAGGUGGCGGAGGAUUCGGUGGAGGACGAGGUGGUGGCGGUUUCAGAGGAGGAAACCGUGGAGGUGGCGGCGGCGGCGGCGGAGGAUUCAACAGAGGCAGAGGAGGAGGAGGUGGAGGUGGUGGUGGUCGUGGUCGCUGGUAGUUUUCAAUAUUUGACCCACAUUAAAACAUUUAAAGAAGUGUACAAUACUACUUUUGUACAUGUCCAAAUAGUUUAUAAGGAAAGAGUUAUUUGGGUAUUACUAGCUGACCAACAAAUCGAACUUUGUACCUCAAAUGCUUCUAAAAUAAAAAUCUUAAAAAUUGAAA